AUGGAUCAUUCAUGUUCCAGUCCGUAUAUAGUAGGCGAAGAGACCAAAUUAGGCGCAGUUGACAAGGGUUUAACAUGGUCUCUCCCGAAGACGGAGGCGAACACAACCCAGGGUGAUCUCCAUAUUUCAAAUCAUGCCCUACACAAUGUUUGCAGCAACGCCUCUAGAUCCUCUUCGGUCUCAAAAAGUCUUAAUACAAAUAGUUGCAAAUUGAUGCAACCACCUUUUCAAGGGUCGGUGGAAGCAUUUCCCCCUCCUGGGUCUCACCACACUCCCAACGUCUCUCUAGACAUCUCAAUUAACGCAUAUCCUCCCCUUUCUUCUUCUAAGCCUGAAAACUCUCACCGUCCGAAAUUAUUGCCACAUCGUUCCGCUUCCCGAGCACUUAGAAAACUGAGGGAUCAUCUACGCCCAUCCUAUACGGAAAAUCCUCCAGAAAAUUCUAAUAACCUACUCCCUCUUACCCGGUACCUAUCAAACACCACAAAGGAAAAACUUAAAAGAGGUGUAAGAUCAUCAUGGUCAGCAUCUAUCAAACAAGUCGUCCUCCACCUUCCACGAAGGAAGAAGGAAGAAUCGAACUAUAAGGACAGCAGUCAUAUUCCGAAUUCGGAUACAAAUAUCAGCGGUAGGAAAAGUUCCCUAAAACCUUCACAUCCAGGAAGGCAAACCCGCGAUCAAAGUCCGUCGCUAAGAUCGACAAUAGUUACAAGGGAGACAAGGCGUUAUACUUCCAAUCCGCAAAGGUCGAUUUUAUCCAACCCGAGUUCUUUGUACGACAAGCCUCGUUUGCCUCUCAAAGUGUCGACAACCCCCCUUACGACAUUAGAACGGUUUCAGUGCACUUUCUGCCUAUUCCAAUGUGGAGACAAGACGGGUUGGCUCACCCAUGAGCAAGAAUUUCACCUAGAGGAUUUUGAAAACUUCAACCAACCCUACGAACACGGUAUGGCAAGGUGGGACGACGUUGGCUCCUUGGGCUCCGGUUCAAGCAAAGGGAAAAGGAGCUACCAAUUUCUCCGCAAACAGAAACCAGGAUUAUCUGAUUCCCCUCCCCCCAGCCAGCAGAGAGAACGGAGUCAUGAACCCACCGUCUAUUCCAUAAGUCGCAAGGAGCGGCAACAAGUAAGCAUGUUCUGGAACUGCGGCUUCUGCGACCAGGUUCUUUGCUCCUGGGAAGAUCGGCAGACUCAUCUUGCUCGUCAUUUUAGCGCCGGCCAAACCAUGAGAAUGUGGGAUCCCAUCAAAUCGCCAUUUCCAUGGAGAAAGGGGUCAGCAGAACCUGUUGAUGCCCCGCCGCACUGGGACUUGUCGUCACUACUGGCAUUGCAGCGCCCCACCCUGCAAGAUUGUAUCAACCAGAUCGGCACAUCGCAUCAGCAACAAACGACAGAACAUACUUGCAAGUCUUGCCAGGUGGUUCAUCCCAGUCUACAGCAUUUCGACCUCUGGCAUAAGCUAAGGGACAUCUACACAUGUCCCCGAAUCACGUGCUUUACAAAUCUAUCAACAUUCUUUGAGGAAGAUGAGGAUGAGAAUGGGGAAAUGACGAUUGACUGGUGCAAGGCAUGCGACGAGAUGCUUGAGAGACCCGACCACGUCGACAGGUGGGAAACGCGCAUGAACCACCUAUGGGAUGUCCAUAGCUUUGGGGAUUGUAUAGGCUGGGAUAACUGUCUGAGUAAGAGUCAGUUUAUCCUCCAUCUGGCGAAUGCACAUGCUGUUAAUAUCGAAUGCAUGAGAAGGCUGGUUCGCCGGUGCAGGAAGAAGGCCUAUGCGCCGGCUUUUGAUGGCGAUGGAAGAUGA